UAAAAAAAAGUGUCUGAAAGGCUGAGCGCUGUUCCUGAAGGGGCUGAUGCCAGCCUGAGACCAGCCACCACCACCACCACCAACAAGCCUCCUCCAAGAGGAGCCGCUCCGAGUUUAAAAUCAUUAUUAUGGGAAUGUACUAAGGAGGGCCUUGCUUCGAUCAACAUGGCGGACAACAAAGCGCAGGGGGCUGGGGUAAUAUAACAGCACAGCGGCGCAAUCUGACUGCACACAUCACAAUGGAUCAGGUACACAACUCCCACGAAGGCUUCAACAACAACAACAACACCACCAACAACAACAGUCCGUUUAAUAACCACUACCCGAACUACAGACCCGGCUAUGGGAAUGGUGGAUACGCGGGAAUAAUGAGUCCCUCGCGCCGGGGGAAUAACCCGAUGGGCCCGGGCACUAAAGCGGCUAUGAUCGCUACCAGCUCCCCGGCUGGAAUCGGAGGGUUUCAGCAGCGGUUCCCCGGGCAACAGUGUCCGCAGCAACAGCACCAGCACCCCUCCGGAGCCACGCCGACUUUAAACCAGUUAUUGACGUCUCCCAGCCCGAUGAUGCGAGGUUAUGGAAGUGGAUAUCCCGAUUAUAACGUUAAUUCUUCACAACAACAGCAGCUAGCGUUAGCUAAAGACAUCCAGUACGGCUCGGCUACUCACGGCUGGGGGGCACAACAAAGAAGUCACCCGGCCAUGAGCCCGGGAAACAACGGCCAGGGCGGCGGAAGACCUCAGGCGGCGGCGAUGGACCCGAUGGGGAUGAAGCGCUCGCAGCUCUACGGCAUGAGCAGCCACCCGUACGCCCAGCAGCAGGGGGCGCCCUACUCCGGCCAGCCCUACGGCGCUCCCUCCCCCCACAGAUACCCGAUGGGGAUGCCCAGCAGGGGGCAGAUGGGGAUGGGAGGGAUGCAGUACCCUCAGCAGCAGGUAGGGGUAGGGCUGGAUGGGUUCCUCAGUACAGCCCAGCAGCAGCAGAGCGGGUGGUUACUGUCAGCCAGGCCAGCCUCGCGACAUUCAGCCCUCCAUACAGCAGCAGCCUUCCCGCAGUCACCGCCAUACAUGCAGCCAUCACCGCCACAACAGGAGGUGCCUCAGGAGGCGUAUGGGGCUGCCAGUCUGCUGGCUAUGACUCCUGGGAACCCAACCACGGAGGAGAUGAGUCUGAGCCAACAGGAGAGGCCGCCCAGCCUGCCGACAACAGCUGCAGCCUCUCUUGGACGCUGUGUUCCCAGGAUUUAUCCUGCUCCAUCGAUGACUUGCCCACGCACCGAGCGCCGUGAGUUCAGGGCUGCAGGCUCAGCGCCAGGGCGCACCCAGGGGACCCCCCGCCUCGCUUCUCCCCAGCCCCCCUCCCCCGCCAGCUCGCCCGCCCUCGCCGCCUCCCCGCCGCUCCAGCAGCCAAUCACGUCCGGACUCCAUGUCCCGCCACCAGCGACCAGAUGGGUUCUCAGUACAGCCAGCAGCAGCAGCAGCGUGGGUGGUUACUGUCAGCCAGGCCAGCCUCCGUACUUCAGCCCUCCACAGCAGCAGCCUGCCGCCCCGAGCCAGCCGCCAUACAUGCAGCCACGCCCGCUGCCACAACAGGAGGUGCCUCAGGAGGCGUAUGGGGGGCGCGGCCAGUCUGCUGCUAUGACUCCUGGGAAACCGAACCACGAGGAGAUGAGUCUGAGCCAACAGGAGAGGCCGUCCAGCCUGCCGGAUUUAUCCGGCUCCAUCGAUGACUUGCCCACGGGCACCGAGGCCGCGGUGAGUUCAGGGGCGUCGGGCUCCGGCAGCGCUCAGGGCGACCAGGGGACCCCGGCUCGUUCUCCGUUCUCCCCCCACGUCUCCCCUCGCCUCCCCCCCCCGCCAGCUCGCUCCGGGCCCUCCCCUUCCCCCUCGCUGUCCCCCGCCGGCUCCAGCAGCCAAUCACGGUCCGGACCCAUGUCCCCCGCCACCAGCGGACCAGGCUCUCAGUUGGCCCCUCAGCUCUCUGGUCCUGGAUCAGACCUUGGUCCUCAUCCCUCCCAUUCUGCCAUGACCCAGGACAGAGGUUUCCCUCCCUCCAUGCAGCGAAGCACUUUGGGGCAUCAGUUUGACCCCCAGCAGUCGGCACCACCCAUGUCCCCUCACACAGCGCCAGGGGGGCCCAUGCACCACGGCUCCUACCAGCAGGGAGCCUCCUACGGCCAGUAUGGCCCCCCAGGUAACUACCCUCGACCCCCCCACUAUGGCGGGGCCCCCAGUGCCAACUACAGCGGCCCGGGCCCCGGCUUAGCCAACAGCCUGGGUUUGAACGCCAGUAGUCCCAUGCACGGCCAGGGCCCGUCCACUCCGGCAGGUCGCGACCCUGGGCCCGGAGCCGGGGGCCGGCCGUACCCCGCCGGAGGAAGCACCAUGGCCCCCACUUCCCCCGGCAUGCCACAGCCGGCCGGGCAGGGCAUGGGGCCCCCGGGGCCCAACGCCAGCAGCAAACCGCCUGAGGUCGGCCCCAGCGCCGGGCCUAGUGCCAACUCCAACACCGCCCAGAGCAGGCAGGGCAGCUACCUGGGCGUGGCCCCGAUGGGAGGAAUGGGAGGAGGCCCGUACAGCCAGCCAACAGGCAGCAGCUCUGGGAGGAUGACUCCGCAGGGACCCCCCUACAACGCUACAACCUCAGGCGCCAUGAUGAUGAUGAUGCCAGCAGACGGGACAGGACGGGGCGAGCUCGGCUACGAACCGCCCAAAGCCAAGCCCCCCGUGUCCCCCAGCCUGUCCUCGUGUCCCGGGGAAGACGCCAAUAGCAUUAGCAGCUCCGCCUGGGCCAAGACGACCACCAGCUCCGUAAGUGCUUUCUCUAUUUCUGUUUCUAUCUAUGUUUCAGGUUUCUACGGAGCCAAGAGCUCCCACCGUGACCAGCAGAAGAUCAAGCGUCUGUACAGAGGAGGCCGAGACCGACAGGAGCUAUUAGGGGCGACGCUUCCUGUCCCUCAUGGAGGAGGCAGCGCUGCCUUCCUCUACUACCCUGCCAUCGGCGGAAGCCCUCUGGACCUCUACAGACUCUACAUAAUAGGAGAUCGGAAGCCUACACCAUGUCUUAUAUACUGUACUUCAGUACCAGAUGUUGAGGUGAACAAGAACAAGAAGUGGAGGGAGUUGUCGUCUCUGUUGAGCGUGGGCACGUCCAGCAGCUCGGCCAGCUCCCUGAAGAAGCAGUACAUCCAGUACCUGUUCCCCUACGAGUGUAAGGUAGAGCGGGGGGAGGAGCCCCCGCCUGAGGCGCCGGGCUGCGCCAGAGACGCCAAGAAACCCCCGUCACUGCAGACCAAGGUCCAGCCGCCCUCCCCAGCCAACUCGGGCUCCCUACAGGGCCCCAACACCCCUCAGUCCGAGGCCCCCGGAAACCUGAAGCCCCCCCACAGCCACGUGGGCCCCCAGCCUUCCACCCCCCACAGCCACAUGGGCCCCCAUCCUGCAAACAGGAACGUGGCCGGGGUGAGCGUCCUGGACCCGUUCUCUGAAGGCAGCGAUCCAGCCUUCAACAACAAGCGAGGCCCGGGACCCCGCGGCGCCCCCUUCCAGCAGGGAGGGGGCCCCACAGACCCCUCAAUGAGGAUGCAGUACGAUGCCAACAAAGACCCGUACGGAGGACCCAGGAAAGGUCCGGGGCCCGGCGAGGCCUUUGGUCCGGGUCAGAUGCCCAGCGGUGCCGUGCAGGACGUGUACCCCCACGGGCCGCCCUCUGGGCCCCUGACGGGGAUGGACCCCAGACCCCAGUACCCCUACGGUCCCGGAUACGAGCGGAGGUGCUGGACCCGUGUUGAGGCGGACGGGGCGUGCGCCCCUGGAGGUCAGGAGCAGCGUGCAUUGCCUGUGGGGCAGGGCCGCACCCCCGCUAGCGCAACGCAGCAGAGACAGGGACAUGACGGCUACGGGCAGCAGUAUCCUCGCAGCGUGGCCUACACUUCCCAUCAGCCCCUGUACCCUCCGCAGCAGGGAUACAAGCGUGGGAUGGAGGGCGUGUACCCCCCGGCGAAGCGCCAUGAGGGCGAGCCCUUCGCGGCGCAGCAGUUCGGCUCCCACCCCCCCGACAUGUUCAGCCCGUACGCUGGAGGUGGGGGCUACGUGGGCCCCGAGCAGCGCCCGGUGCAGGGCCAGUUCCCCCAUCCGUACGCCAGGGAGCGGCAGCACGGCAUGAUGGGCCCCGGGGAGGGGCCGCAGCCCAACAUGUGGCCCCCCAGGACUGACUACGCAUACGGCCGGCAGGGCCAAGGGUACCCCAGCGUGAGCCGAGGAGACGAGCAGGACAGCCAGUGGCCCCCCGGGCAUCCCGGCCAACGGCAGCCCCCGUACCCCCACUCUGCCUCCCCCUCCAUGCCCCCCCUGCCUUCCAGACAGCCCCCCUCCUCCUUCCAGGCCCCGCCCACUGCCCCAAACCAUGUGAGCCGCUCUCACAGCCCCUCAUCGUUCCCACGGCCCCCGGGCGGCUCCCUGUCCCCAAGCGCUCCCUACCCCCCCUCUGCGAAGAAGCCGGGGCCCCCGGCCCCUCAGGGGCCCCCCCUCAUCCACGGAGAGGUCAGCUUCCCACCGGACUCUGUGGAGGCCACCGUCCCCAAACUGAAACCACGACGCAGGCUCACCGCCAAGGACACAGGAACCCCGGAGGCGUGGCGGGUGAUGAUGUCACUGAAGUCCGGCCUGUUAGCGGAGAGCACCUGGGCUCUGGACACCAUCAACAUCCUGCUGUACGACGACAGCACCAUGGGCUCCUUCAACCUGUCGCAGCUUCCUGGUUUCCUGGAGCUGAUCGUGGAGUAUUUCCGGCGCUGCCUGAUCCAGAUCUUCGGCAUCCUGGUAGAGUACGAGGUGGGAGCCGAGGGCCAGAGGACACUGCCCGACCCCCCCAAGGAAAAGGAGGAGGAGGAGGAGGAAGAAGAAGCGAAGGAGGCACCAUCUGACGGCCAAUCAGCCGAGGCUCAGAGGACACCAAAGACGGAGGAGGGAACGCUCGCAGCUUCAGCCGAUGUUGAGAAAGCGGAAGCUGUUGUAAAAGAGGAAGUGAAGGAGGAGCAGGUGGAGACCCGCCCCCAACAGGCCAGCAAGUUCGACAAGCUGCCAAUCACGGUGGAGGAGGAGGGGGAGGAGUGGGAGGAGCUGGAGAGGCGCUGGGCCGAGCUAAGCCAAUCAAACGGCUUCAUCAGCGGCCUCCUGCACUGGAAAGCUGGGGGAGGAGACACCACUGCUCACAUCCAGACGGGGGAGUCCACUGCUCGCAUCCAGACGGGGGAGUCCACUGCUCGCAUCCAGACGGGGGAGUCCACUGCUCGCAUCCAGACGGGGGAGUCCACUGCUCACGUUCAGACGGGGGAGUCCACUGCUCACGUUCAGACGGGGGAGUCCACUGCUCACAUCCUGACGGGGGAGUCCACUGCUCACAUCCUGACGGGGGAGUCCACUGCUCACAUCCAGACGGGGGAGUCCACUGCUCACAUCCAGACGGGGGAGUCCACAACGAAGAGGAGAGGGGAAGUAGACGAGGAGACAACACCUGAAACACAAAAAGGUAAAAACCUGGAGGAAGAGUUUAGUUCAUUAAAGUGCCCAUGCUCUGUGGGAGGGGUGCCCCUACGCGGAGGACUCGCGGGCCCACGCUGUUCUCACACCGCUCCCACCUGGGCUUCCCCCUCGCGAGGCUUGGCCCCCUACACCCUACACCACCCACCCCCUCACCACCCAGGGGUCCACCACCAACACACACCCAGGAAACGAACGGCGCCGAGCCUCCAGCGGCCAGAGGAAGCUGCUGGUAUGGCGUGCAGCCGGGACGAGUGGCGCUGGGACUGCCUGGCGGCGCUGCGUGAGAACACGCUGGUGACGCUGGCGAACGUGGCGGGCCAGCUGGACCUGUCUCUGUACCCCGAGAGCAUCUGCCUGCCGCUGCUGGACGGGCUGCUCCACUGGAUGGUCUGCCCGUCCGCCGCGGCCCACGACCCGCUCGCCUCCUCGGCGCUAUCGGCGCGCCGACUGGCGCUGGAGUGCCUCUGCAAGCUGAGCAUCCAGGACGGCAACGUGGACCUGCUGCUCGCCACGCCGCCUUUCAGCCGCCAGCGGACGCUGUUCGCCGCGCUGCUGCGCCUCGUGGGCGAACGCCGCAGCCAGGUGUGUCGGGAAAUGGCGGUGGCGGCUCUGUCCAACCUGGCGCAAGGCGAUGCGGCGGCGGCGCGCGCCGUGGCGUUGCAGAAAGGCAGCGUGGGAACUCUGAUCGGCUUCCUGGAGGACGGCGUGGCCACCGCGGCGCAGUUCCAGCACGUUGGCGAGCCAGCCAGCGUCAACAUGAUGUGCCGCGCCGCCAGGGCGCUGCUGGCCGUGGCGAGGGCGGAGGACAGCAGGACGCAGUUCGUGCUGCACGAGAGCCGGCUGCUGGACGUCUCGAUGGCGCCCGCGCUCGACGCGUCGGUGGCGGCCGUCUUGUGCGAAGUACUCUUUAAAAUCGGGCGCUCGUGACACGAACACGGGCUCCGAUUUCUAUUUUUUAUUUAAAGAACCAAAAUGUUUUUACGUACAAAAUGAAUAUAUAGAGAGAGAGAGAAUAUAUAAAUAUAUAUAUCGGCUCCAUCCACAAGAAAUGUUUUAUUUGGGAUUUUUAAGUAAUUUUUAAUACAGAUGAUAAAACUAUUUAAUACUUGUAUUUUUAAUUUUUUUUAAUUCUUUUGUUGUCCGUUUUGUUGUUUAGUUUUUAACCAAAGUGUGACGGUCAGAGUCUCGGCUUCUGGCUCUCUUCGUUUCUUUCUGUUCUUCGGAGUUAUUUAAACGGUGACACGUGUUGUAGAUAGAAGUCUUUAUUUUACAUUAUUGAUGUUCAGUCACAGACUUUGAUAGGGGAUGCACCCAAUCCAGAUUUUUGGGGUUUUCGGCUGAAUCCUGAACCCCCUGGUUGAGAUUGUGCUGACUCCUCCUCCCAUCCUCAGUCCAUGAACCCAGUAAACACAUGAAUGA